CUGCGGCUCGGAUCAGAUCCUCAGAUCCCACCUGCAGGAGGAGGCUGCCGAGCUCAGAGACAGACACUCUUCGGAUCCGUCCUCAUUGCUGUUGUCAAACUGUGUCCAUCGCUGUCUGGACUGUCACCUCCGAAUAUAUUCACUCACUGAGCAGCUCAUGCACAAUGAAAGGUUCCUAAUGGAUGGAAAAGACAUGGCAUCAACUGAUAAGCUUAGAUUUGUUGGAGAUAUCCCAGAAAACAGUCACACUGACUCUGAAACACAGACAAUUCCCUCAGAUGAGCGUGCACAACCAUCUACAACCCAACUGGACCAGGUGGUCAUGGACAACUUGGGGCGACUCUUCGAGCACUGCAUCCAGCAGGUGUCCCGUCUGGAGAGGCAGAGGGACGAGCUGGUGCAGGAGCUCCUCCGGCUGCAGGAGCCCAUGCUGCAGAUGGUGGAGCAGCUGAGGGGGAAGGUGGCGGAGACACAAAGGCUGCUCACACUGGCUGAGAUGGACUACACAGAUGUUUUUGAGGAGGUGCAGAGGGUGAAGAGGAAACUGUUCGCCACAGCCCGAGACUGCAUCCAGAGCCAGGUGACGCUGGCUGCAAAUGAGUAUGAGGUGGCUCAGUCUGCUGUUACACAGGAGGAGCUCAAGACCUACAUCCAAACUCUGUCUCAGGAGUUGUCCCAGCUCAACGAGUCCCAAAAUAUCAGGCUCACCUCCCUGAGGGCCCAGGCUGCUAAGCCCUGCAGGCCCAGGGCCAUGAGUGAUGUUAGCCAGUGCCGCCAGGCCUCCGCUAGUCUGCAGCGGCGGCUCAGCGGCAGUGUGAGGGCACUGGAGGGUUGGUACGAGCCCCGGCUCAUGGCCCUGCUGAAGAGGAAGCAGAUCGGGGAGGAUGCCCUGAGAAAGAGCAGGGAGCAGGCGAGGGACCUGAGGGCCAGCCUGGGGCCCCUGAAAGAGGACGGCCAGAGACUGGAGUUGCAUAGAGCCAGUCUGGAGCAGAGGAUCUCUCUGAUGGAGAGGGAGAGGGAGAAACGCAUCACUCAAUAUAAGGAGACUGUGGAGACACUUGGAGAGACUCUGAGAGAACUAGAGGUGGAGUUUGAUGUUCAAAGACAAUCUAAGAAAGGUUUGGUGGAUCUUAAAGAUGGACUUUUAACAGAGCUGACAUUUCUCAGAGGCUGUGAUGAAGCCAGCAAAAACACUGCUGAAGAAGAGCCAUAAGUUUCUUUUUCUAGUUAAUAUUCUGACACCAGACCAAACCAUGGCACUGCCUCUACUUUUAAUGGUCAAUAGCUAAACAUUGAUAAUAAGCAGGAUAAUUCAAUCUUGGUAUGUAUUCAGACUCAUUUAUUAUAAUUUUACAGAUUUCUUCUUAUCUUUUUAUUUAUUUGCACAAUAUAAAAAUGUUUACUCUGCACAACCUCUAAUAGACUUAUUAAAGCUUCCAAAAGCACUUUAAAAUGUAAAAAAUGUAAGACACAAAAUCAAGAUGCAGAGAAUGAUGACUAUCCAGGUUGACAAUAAUAUAUGUAUAAUAAAAAAACAAGAAUCAAGAUAAAAUGUGUGCAUGUGGCGUGUAUAAGUGCUAAUACCUAUGGCAGGUUUGGUUUUACAGUACUCACACACUGAGUGAAACAUUAAAUGCAUCCAUAGAUAUUAAUAGCUGAUGAACAUCAGUCUUAGAACAGCACUUGUUGUCACUGAGUUGUCAGAAAUGUCUUUUAAAUAAUUUUUGCCAUCUGGUCAAAGCCAUUCCAUCAUUAAGUACCAUUCAGUUUUUUUAGAAAUGUACCAGAUUAAUCUAACAUAAUCUAAUGACAUGUACUAAUGAACAGGGCAAACAGAUUAAUGUAAAUAUUUUUAUUAUGAAUAUACUUAAGUACACAAAAGAUCAGAUGUAGCACAGGAAAAAUAAUGCAUAGAAAAAAAGCACAUACAAGUGACGACACACAAAUCUGGAAAAUUGCUACUACAAAUAUCAAGCAAAUAGACGAAAACCUACAAUAUGUACAAUUGUUAAAAAUGGAUCUCUGUAGAGAUGUUUUCAGCACAGCUAAUCAAGAUCAAAUGAAAGUCCUGUCGGCUGGAUUCAUCACAACGAGCCAGAGUGGAGAAAUGGGAGAUUGAAAAACUAAAAGAUAAAUGUGACUGACACAGACUGGAUUUUAACAUUCACAACAUGACAAUGCAGGAUUUUAUUCUUUUUGAAAUUUUCUACAAAACCACUGGUGCCCAAAAUGUGUUUUUAAAAAGACAUUACAGCUUAUGCACCACCCAACACUGGAAAAAUGAUCCACUCUUAACAAGCAGGUCGAACGAAGAGAUGUGGAGACUGGGCUCAUGCCGGGACCUCUGAGUCCGCAGCGCCCUCUGGGUCCUCGUCAUUGUAGAUGUUUUCAGCCUGUUGGACAAACAGUUUAGAAAGAUUCACUGUAAGAACUCCUAGUGUUGUAAUAAAUGUGCUUCAA